UUUUUGUUCAUAACUCUAUUUUUUUAUUCUAAAAUAAAGUAAUGUCGGAUUAAAUUCAAACUCUAUUAUAGAAUUACUCUGUUUUUGACUAAAAAUUAGAAUAAACUAAAAAUUAGAAUAAAUCAUUGAAGAUUAUCUUGAUACGCUAGUUUUGUGUAAAGACUGAACCGAACCGGUCCUUUAACCAGAAAAAAAAACUAAUAAGAAGGUUACGUGGAGGGGGGGAUUAUGAUCUGUAUGCCUUUGGGGAGUAAUUACAGCUUGUAAAAAUCGAAAUCUAUUAUUUUCCCCAAAAUUUCUCCCUAAUCUUUAUCUCUCUCUCACUUCCCCAGAUUUAGCCCUAAGCCGUUACUUCUCUUUCUCUGCAUUUUCCCGGAAAAAAAUUACCAAAGUUUUCUCUGUAUGGUCAAUUGUUCUUCAAUAGACCUUCCUUCCUUCUCUCUAUUUCCUCCAGAAACACCAAAUCGGCGUCUCCUUCCCGUGUUGACCAGAUCUCUUCUUCUAUCAAUCUGAUGCUACAAUCGGAAGACGCCAAUUCCACCAUGCGCUGAGAGAUGCCAAAGGAAUAAACUCCUUUUUUUUUUUAAUCUUUUAGUUUUUUCUUGAUCUGGAUCGACGUCAAUGGGGUUUUUGAAUAUCGUUUUACUCGUGGCGAUGAUUCUCAGUUUCCAUACCUUCCUCCUUGCUCAAUCACAACAACAAGAUCAAGAUCAAGAUCGACGCCAAUCUCAAUCCUCUCCUCCUCCUCCGCAUUCAUUUUGGGAGUCGCAAUCUGCUCCUCCACCGACUCCUCAGCUCAAUACCCCUCCUCCUCCUCAAUCCAGCGUUGUCAUUAUGUCUCCUCCGCCACCACCCUCACCCUCACCUCCUCCUCCUCCGCCGCCUCCACCAUCUCCAUCACCUCCUCCGCCUCCUCCUCCUCCUAAUUCUCCACCUCCUCCUCCGAGUGAGCUAGCUUCUCCCCCGCAGUCUCAUAGAAACAAACCACGGAGGUUACGGCCGCCUCCUCCACCUCUACGGACCUUCAAUCAGUCGGAGAAAAGCGGCCUGUUAAACACCGGGAAGAUCGUCGGUCUGGUGUUCGCCGGGAUCGCAGCAUUGCUGCAGAUUUGCGUCGUAGCUUUCUUGGUCUUCAAGAGAAAUCAACUCCUAAGGAUGACACAUACUUAUUGAUUUGGGGGAAAAUAUAUAUAUAUAUAUAUAUAUUUAAUUGAAUUUUCAUUCAUCGCCGGGAAAAAAAACACACUUUUUUGAGAGACGAUAAGGAAGAUUGAUUAUAAUCGCACGAUGAUGUUUUCCUCUUUAUUUGGAUCAACAAACAAUUCAUCAUAGCCUUUUUCCUCUGUAAAUGGUUACAUUUCUUGUUUUUGACUAUUCUUUUCAUUUGUAUUCAUCUUUUAAGGUUGUGUAGUUUUUUUCAUUUUACAUGCCCUAAGACAAGAUUCUAACUAAACAGUCAAACACAACAGCGGUGGAGUGUAAGAGAGAAUUGCUCUCUCAAGUUCAUGUCUAAUUGUUUUUUUUUUAUAGCGA